CAUCCGGAGUGCCACUUCCGGUCUGGUUAAACGCUGCUUAGGUGAGCUACGUGGUUUGUGUCAUGUGGAGAUAGGUUUCAGAGCGCAAGUCUGCAGGUGAAGAAGCAAGAACCUACGUUCAGACUCAAAAGUGUGGAUUAUAGUGAAAAAUACCGGGAAAAAAAGACCUGGAACUUGAAUACGGCCUGUACGCUGUUUCCGAGGGGGCAACUUCCACGGGGGGACCCCUCUGCUCCGGUAACGGCCGAAGAGGAGGAGAUGGCGCCAGUCAGGGAGCGGCUGUGGCCGAGACAGUGAGGAAGCGCGAAGGCGGAGCACCCAAAGCCUCGGGAGAAGAAUCAGAGUCGUAGCCGCCACCAGGACCGCCACCACCAUGGAAGGAGCAAAGCCGACAUUGCAGCUCGUGUACCAGGCAGUGCAGGCGCUUUACCACGACCCAGAUCCCAGCGGAAAGGAGCGCGCCUCGUUUUGGCUUGGGGAGCUGCAGCGUUCGGUUCAUGCAUGGGAGAUUUCUGACCAGUUGUUACAGAUCCGUCAGGAUGUGGAAUCAUGCUAUUUUGCUGCACAGACCAUGAAAAUGAAGAUUCAGACCUCAUUUUAUGAGCUCCCCACGGACUCUCAUGCUUCUUUAAGGGACUCAUUGCUAACCCAUAUCCAGAACUUGAAAGACUUAUCACCUGUCAUUGUAACACAGCUGGCUUUAGCAAUAGCAGACCUUGCCCUACAGAUGCCUUCCUGGAAGGGAUGUGUACAAACACUGGUGGAAAAAUAUAGCAAUGAUGUAACUUCACUGCCUUUUUUGCUGGAGAUCCUUACAGUGUUACCUGAAGAAGUACACAGUCGUUCUUUACGGAUUGGAGCUAACCGGCGCACAGAAAUUAUAGAAGACUUGGCCUUCUACUCUAGUACAGUAGUAUCUUUAUUGAUGACCUGUGUAGAAAAAGCAGGAACAGAUGAAAAAAUGCUUAUGAAGGUCUUUCGCUGUUUGGGAAGUUGGUUUAACUUGGGAGUUUUGGACAGUAACUUCAUGGCUAACAAUAAGUUACUAGCGCUCCUUUUCGAGGUUUUGGUAAGUUAUGGCUUUGAGGUCCUGACAUUGGAGAGCUGCCUACCAUAUGGCUUGUGGCAACGUGAAGAUUUAGACAAAGUUCUGAAUUAUUGCCGUAUUUUUACUGAACUAUGUGAAACUUUUCUUGAAAAAAUUGUCUGUACACCAGGCCAAGGUCUGGGAGACCUCCGAACUCUAGAACUGCUUCUUAUCUGCGCCGGGCAUCCUCAGUAUGAGGUAGUAGAAAUUUCCUUUAACUUCUGGUACCGGCUAGGAGAGCAUUUAUACAAAACUAACGAUGAGGUUAUUCAUGGCAUCUUCAAAGCUUACAUUCAGAGGCUGCUUCAUGCUUUGGCUCGACACUGCCAGCUAGAACCAGACCACGAGGGAGUUCCUGAGGAGACUGAUGACUUUGGGGAAUUUCGGAUGAGGGUAUCAGACCUGGUGAAGGACUUGAUUUUCUUGAUUGGGUCCAUGGAGUGUUUUGCUCAGUUAUAUUCUACUCUGAAAGAAGGCAACCCACCCUGGGAGGUGACAGAAGCGGUUCUCUUUAUCAUGGCUGCUAUAGCAAAGAGUGUUGACCCGGAGAACAAUCCUACACUUGUGGAGGUUCUAGAAGGAGUUGUUCGUCUUCCAGAGACUGUCCAUACAGCUGUGCGAUACACCAGCAUUGAGUUGGUUGGAGAAAUGAGUGAAGUGGUUGAUCGAAAUCCUCAGUUCCUUGACCCUGUGUUGGGCUAUUUGAUGAAAGGCCUAUGUGAAAAGCCUCUGGCCUCUGCUGCAGCCAAAGCCAUUCAUAACAUUUGCUCAGUCUGCCGAGAUCAUAUGGCUCAGCACUUUAAUGGGCUCCUGGAGAUUGCCCGCUCUCUGGAUUCCUUCAUGCUGUCUCCAGAAGCUGCUGUGGGCUUGCUGAAAGGGACAGCGCUUGUCCUAGCAAGAUUACCUUUGGAUAAGAUUACUGAAUGUCUUAGUGAGCUAUGUUCUGUUCAGGUUAUGGCAUUGAAAAAGCUGUUGUCGCAGGAGCCCAGCAAUGGCAUAUCCUCAGAUCCCACUGUGUUCUUAGAUCGCCUGGCAGUUAUAUUUAGACACACCAAUCCCAUUGUGGAAAAUGGACAGACUCAUCCGUGCCAAAAAGUCAUACAGGAAAUAUGGCCAGUUUUAUCCGAGACUCUAAAUAAACACCGGGCUGAUAACCGGAUUGUAGAGCGUUGCUGCAGGUGCCUGCGCUUUGCUGUUCGCUGUGUUGGCAAAGGAUCUGCAGCCCUGCUGCAGCCCCUGGUCACACAGAUGGUGAAUGUGUACCACGUACAUCAGCAUUCCUGUUUCUUAUACCUUGGCAGUAUCCUUGUGGAUGAGUAUGGCAUGGAAGAAGGCUGUCGGCAGGGACUAUUAGACAUGCUCCAGGCACUGUGUAUCCCCACCUUUCAGCUCUUGGAGCAGCAGAAUGGCCUUCAGAAUCACCCUGACACUGUAGACGACCUAUUCAGGCUGGCCACACGGUUUAUUCAGCGUAGCCCUGUCACCUUACUGAGAAGUCAAGUGGUCAUCCCAAUCUUACAGUGGGCCAUUGCCUCUACUACGCUGGACCACCGAGAUGCCAAUUGUAGUGUAAUGAGGUUCCUACGAGACCUCAUCCAUACUGGGGUAUCCAAUGAUCAUGAAGAAGAUUUUGAAUUACGAAAACAACUGAUUGGACAGGUGAUGAACCAGCUUGGACAGCAGCUUGUAAGCCAGCUGCUCCAUACAUGCUGCUUUUGUCUCCCCCCCUAUACCCUGCCAGAUGUGGCUGAAGUGCUGUGGGAGAUCAUGCAGGUUGACAGACCGACUUUUUGUCGGUGGUUAGAGAAUUCCUUAAAAGGUUUGCCAAAGGAGACAACUGUGGGAGCUGUCACAGUGACACACAAACAACUUACAGACUUCCACAAGCAAGUCACGAGUGCUGAAGAAUGUAAGCAAGUUUGCUGGGCCUUGCGAGACUUCACCAGGUUGUUUCGGUAGCUCACACUCCUGCACUGUGCCUGUCCGCCCAGGAAUGUCUUUUUUAAUUAGAAGACAAGAAGAAAACAAAGCCCAGACUGUGUCCCACAAUCAGAAACCUCCGUUGUGGCAGAGGGGCCUUCACUGCCACCAGGGCGUCUCGCCAGACAGGAGAAGACUCCAGCCUUCUGAGGCAUCCUGAGGAGUUCCUGUUUGGGGUGUGAGGGAAAAUCAGCGCGGUUUUAAAAAGAUGGCUGCAGCUUGUCCAGCAUGGUGGGAGGGGAGCUGGUUUCCUGGUGAACUUGUUUCUAAAAGGAAAAAUAAUUUUAAGGAAAACUAAAAUGAAACCAGAACUGAAGCAUUCGCCUGGUAGCACACAUACACCAAUGUGCAAUGCACAUACAGAAAAAUAAAAGAACUUUCUGUGAAACAAGCAUUCCCUAAGGAAAAUGGGAUUCAAAUGAAUUAAAUAGCUACAAUUGGAAGUAACGUUUCAGGGUCAUCUUUUAAGGUUUUCUGUUUUGUCCUCUUCCACUCUCCCUUUCCCUCUUUUUAACACAACUGAAUAGAAAUCCCCUCCCCCCCAACUCUCUCUUCCCACCUUUAGAGUUAUUCAGACAAGGAGCCUAUUCUGCUUUGUGUCAUGGUCACAUCAGUGAUUCUCAGGACUGGCCACUGUCAAAACUCAUAUUCAUGUACAACUCAGCCCUGACCUCUUCAGUCUGUAAAUCUACUUCUAAUCCAUAUGAAGUUAUUGUCAAUCUUGGGGAGA